AUGAAAGCGUUAGUCGCCAUAAAACAAGUUGUGGAUCAUAACGUGCAUGUACGUGUGCGAAGUGAUGAAUCUGGUGUUGAAACAGCAGGAGUUAAGCUUUCGAUUAACCCUUUUGAUGAGAUUGCAGUAGAAGAAGCUGUUCGUUUGAAAGAGAAAGGGAAUAUUACAGAAAUUGUUGUUGUAACAGUUGGGCCUCAGGGUGCUUCAGAAGUGCUCAGGACAGCUCUUGCUUUAGGGGCAGAUCGCAUUCAUGUGACAGGUGAUCCUUCUUUAGAGCCUCUUCAUGUUGCGAAAAUACUUAAAGAAAUUGUUGAAAAAGAAUCUCCUAAACUUGUGUUUAUGGGGAAGCAAGCCAUUGAUGAUGAUUGUAAUCAAACAGGCCAAAUGUUGGCGGGGCUCUUGAAUUGGUCUCAAGGAACAUUUGCGUCAAAAGUAACCCUUUCCAAUGACAGUAUUGAUGUGACUCGAGAAAUAUAUGGGGGGCUAGAGGAUGUUCAGUUAACGAUUCCUGGGGUUUUAACGGCAGAUUUGCGAUUGAAUGAACCUCGUUAUGCAACAUUGCCAAACAUCAUGAAAGCGCGACAAAAACCCUUAGAAACACUCUCUUUAGAAGAUCUGAAUGUUGAUUGCUCGCCACGGCAAAAAGUGCUCAAA